AUGUCUCAAUACGCAUUUCCAGGCCCCAAUAAAACCUACAGAAGUCAUUCCAGUGGCCCCAGCUUUAAGCCGAGGUAUGGCCGGUGGUAUCUUCCUCUGGUUGCAGUGCUCGGUCUCGGAUUCGCCGGGUACAACUACUAUAACGAUGUUCAAGUACGGCGCGAGAAGAUGAUUCGCGAAGAAGAGAAACGCCUCGCGAUGAAUCAACAGCUCAUGGACGCGUAUGGAAGCAAGGAAAGCCUGCAUGACGUGCAGCAAGCUCUGGAUGCGUACCACCACCAAGCGUGA